CAUUAGUGUGAAACCUGCUACUUUACUCUAUCUGACAGCAGCAAAAGAUAAAAGAGUGUCAUUUAGGGUUUUAUUCACAGUCAAGCUACACCCCUCAAAGCUUCAUCUGUAGAGAUUAUGUGGUACUCUUAGUUAUCAAAUACCCGAAAAACUGAAUACUCUCCGUAAUUAGCGGAUUUCAGGUAUAGGUUUGGGAGAAAUAGUCCAACGAAUAAGAUGAGAAAUGGAUCAGUGUUUGUACAUUUGAUUGUGGUGGUUUUAGGGUUUUUGAGUGUCAUUUCUCUGGUGGAAGGAGAAGAUCCUUAUAAAAAUUUUACAUGGAUUGCAACGUAUGGGACAAUUGCACCCCUCGGUGUUCCCCAACAGGUUAUUCUCAUCAACGGCCAGUUUCCUGGUCCUAGACUUGAUGUUGUAACGAAUGACAAUUUAAUCAUCAAUGUUAUAAACAAGCUGGAUGAACCUUUCCUUUUAACCUGGAAUGGUAUUAAGCAGAGGAAGAAUUCAUGGCAAGAUGGAGUGCUGGGUACGAAUUGUCCAAUUCCUCCAAAUUCAAACUACACAUACAAGAUUCAACCCAAAGAUCAGAUUGGAACUUACACAUAUUUUCCCUCGACUGCAAUGCAUAGAGCGGCUGGUGGUUUUGGAGGAUUAAAUGUUUACGCUAGAUCAGUAAUACCUGUUCCAUAUCCCACUCCUGCAAGUGAUUUCACCUUACUCAUUGGCGAUUGGUACAAGACCAACCAUAAGGUGCUGCGACAAUCCUUGGACUCUGGGAAAGCUCUUCCUUUCCCGGAUAGUCUUCUUAUAAAUGGCCAAACCCAAACUUCCUUCAGCGGAGACCAAGGAAAAACGUACAUGUUUAGGAUCUCAAAUGUCGGGUUGUCAACCUCGAUCAGUUUCAAAAUUCAGGGCCAUAAGAUGAAGUUGGUUGAAUGUGAAGGAUCGCAUACCAUUCAAAAUGAUUAUGAAUCCCUUGAUGUACACGUAGGCCAAUCUUUGUCAGUUUUGGUCACCCUAGAUCAGCCACCGAAAGCAUACUAUAUUGUUGCUUACACACCCUUCACAAAACCUAUUCUAAACACGACUGCUGUUUUACGCUACACUAAUUCUCAAACCAGUGCUUCUGGCCCGUUACCAAUUGAUCCUAAAUAUCAAAUGCAUUCGUCCAUGGAGCAAGCCAGAACCUUCAGACGAAACUUGACAGCUAAUGCAGCCAGGCCGAACCCUCAAGGGUCAUUUCACUAUGGGAGCAUAAAGACAUCAAGGACUAUUGUGUUAUCUAACUCAGCUCCUCUGAUAAAUGGGAAGCAACGCUAUGCUGUCAACAGGGCUUCCUAUUUUAAUCCUGACACACCUCUAAAGCUUGCUGAUUAUUUCAAUAUCUCUGGAGUCUUCAGUACAGACACCAUCCAAAGCCAGCCUGCCGAUGGUUCUGCAUUCCUUGCUACCUCUGUCUUGCGUUCAGCCCUCCAUGACUUCCUUGAAAUUGUUUUCCAGAACAAUGAGAACGAAGUUCAAUCUUGGCAUCUUGAUGGUUAUGAUAUCUGGAUUGUCGGUUAUGGUAGUAACCAGUGGACUCCAACCCAAAGGAAAACCUACAAUCUCAAUGAUGCUGUGGCUAGGCACACCGUUCAGGUGUAUCCCAAUUCCUGGACUUCUAUUUUGAUGUCACUGGAUAACCAAGGUAUGUGGAACAUUAGAUCUGCAAAUUGGGCAAGGCAGUAUUUAGGCCAGCAAUUCUAUCUGCAGGUCUGGUCCGAACAAAAGAGUUUAGCUAAUGAGUAUGACAUCCCUCCGAAUUCUAUCCUCUGUGGAAAGGCCCGUGGACGGAAAAUUCAGUAAUGCUAGCUUGAUCCAUGUCCCUGUCUUAGGUCAUAUGUGUAUGACUGCCUAAGAAGACUUCAAAUAGAGGGUAGGCUUUGGUCAUUGUAUGAUUAUUUUUCCGCAUUGGAGUAUAAACUUCAGCCUUGUUUUGUUGAAAUGUUAUAGAUUAUGUAUUCAUCAAACAACUAUUCAUGUUUUUUCAGAUUGAUUCAAUAGAAUAUUUCAGAUUCAUUGGGUUC